GUUGAUUGGAAGAUUAGAGACGUUCUUCUUGGUCGAAGUGUUACGCGAUAUCGAGUGGUUGAAAGUCAUAUUUUACAUAGAAAUUUCCGAUUUUUAAAAACGAAAAAAUGUUGCGUACACUUUCCCGAUGCAGUGAACUGCCAAUUGUGGCUAAACAAAUCCAAAAAAAUGCUGCCCAGGCUGGUGCACAAAAAUCGAACAAAUACGCAACCGAGGCGACCGUACAAGUACAUCGCCCAUUCAAGCUACAUAGACUCGAAAAAGGUCCCGAAACGAGUGUCACUUUAACCAAAGAAGAUGCAACCAAAUACUACACGCAAAUGCAGACUAUUCGUCGCAUUGAAACUGCCGCCGGUAAUUUGUACAAGGAGAAGAUUAUUCGUGGUUUCUGUCAUUUGUACUCCGGCCAGGAGGCAUGUGCUGUAGGCAUGAAAGCUGCCAUGCGCCAGCAGGAUAACAUCAUUUCAGCUUAUCGCGUGCACGGUUGGACCUACUUGAUGGGCGUUCCACCAGUAGGUGUGCUAGCUGAGUUGACUGGUCGCCAGAGCGGUUGUGCUUUGGGAAAAGGUGGCUCUAUGCAUAUGUAUGCGCCGAACUUCUAUGGUGGCAAUGGUAUUGUGGGUGCGCAGGUACCUCUGGGCACUGGUGUUGCGCUCGCUUGCAAAUACAAGGGCAAUGGCGGCGUUUGCCUAGCGCUGUACGGUGAUGGUGCUGCCAAUCAGGGUCAAGUGUUCGAGUCCUAUAAUAUGGCGGCAUUGUGGAAAUUACCAGCUAUUUUCGUUUGUGAAAAUAAUAACUACGCUAUGGGUACCAGUACAGAACGUGGCUCCUCGAACACGGACUACUACACACGUGGUGAUGUAGUACCCGGUAUUUGGGUUGAUGGUAUGGACAUUUUAGCUGUUCGCAGUGCUACCGAGUUCGCCAUCGAAUAUGUGAAUAAAGUGGGUCCCAUUGUGUUGGAAACGAAUACCUAUCGUUAUUCGGGCCACUCAAUGUCCGAUCCCGGCACCAGCUAUCGUACACGUGAGGAAAUACAAGAAGUUCGCCAGAAACGUGAUCCCAUAACAUCGUUCAAAGAAUUGUGCAUUGAAAUGGGACUCAUGACGGCGGAUGAGAUCAAGGAAAUCGACACUAAAGUGCGUAAGGAAAUCGAUGAAGCAACACAAAUUGCUAAGAACGACAAAGAGCUGCCGCCAACCGCUUUGUGGACUGAUGUUUACUCCAACAAUCUGGAACCGAAGAUACGCGGCCUUACCUCAUAUAAUAUUACGCAUGUGUCGCAACGCAAAGGCGUUAACCACUAAGCCAUCAGCAUUUGUAAUAGCAGAAUAUCGAAAACGACAGAAACAAGCAAACAGUCAAAUGUCUGCUUAUAGGUUGCAAUUAAAAAUUGUGUAGCGUAAUCUAGCAAAAUUACUCAAAUUAUUCUCAAAACACAACAAUUCUCAGCAAAAACUGGUAUAUAAAUAUUAAAUUAGGAGAAUCAUGCUUUUCAUAGUACAGUGAAAUAAAAUGCGAUAUUCUAGUAAAACUAUUUUUUAUUUUUUUUUAAUAUUUAUUUGUUGAAAACACCAGAUUUAAAAGUAAUUAAUUUUUUUUUUAAAUAUUUUUUUUUUGUUGAAAAUACCAGAUUUACGCAGAAAAUAGAGCUAAAGUAAUUCGCUUUGUUUUAAUAUUUUGUUUGUAAAUACAAAAGACAACAACCACUAACAUCAUUAUCUAUUUAUAUACUUUAAAUACCAAUCAAAUGAGCGAAAUCACGUUCAUGAAGGAAUAAUUUAAGCAAGUGUCAGCGUAGCCAUUAUUGAGAAAAUGUUCAUUAUAAUUGAAAUACUUAAAUUGAUAAAAGUAAAAAACUAAAAUGUAUAUAAAAA